AUGAAGAAGCCAACUUCUCACACACUCCAGCAGAUUCACAUUAGGACUAAACCUGGUCUUAAUCGACUCAUAGCAGAGUAUGAUGCCAAAAAGAAUGCUUAUGCGGAAGAGGAAGCACGUUUUCAAGCCAGCCUUUUGCGCCGUUGUCCUGUUAACUUAUGGCCCGGAGGAGCUCAUAAAACUGCGUGUCCCCGACCCAUUCUCAUCUUUAGGGAGCAUCAGAACCAGCUUGAAGAAUUACAUGAGGCGCUGACUGCUGGCAUUACGGAUAUUGUCGAAAGAUGGUGGACAGAUCCGGAGGCACGCUUUCCAGAGCGCAUGCCUCUUGAGAAGCAGGAAGAAGACCUCUUGAAAUGGAUUGAUGAGCAAGUCCCCGGAAAUGAGGCGAUGAGAUAUCGCGAGCGUCGGGGCUCGUGGAGACCAGACUUUCUCGUUGAGGAUGCGAUUGGGGAGGAUGGCUUAACAAUGGAAAGGUUCCGUAUCACCGAGAUUAACGCGCGGUUCUCCUUCAAUGCCUUCAUCCUUGGCACGCUUGCACACGAGGGUCUGCGUGAUAUGGGAGUGGGAGGCAAUGGCUUGGAAUUGGCAACCAACCCAGAAAGGUUGCUUAAUGCUAUCAUCGGGCUCUUUGACCCUACUCGUCCCUUGCACCUUCUAAAAGGCGAAGAAAAGGGAAUGGAUAUACACUUGUUCCUUCAUGUCAUCCAGCAGCGUUUUGGUCUCACAGCCAGACUUAUUACCCCGUCACAACUCAGACUCUUGCUUCCACCUAACAAUAAUGGUAAAUAUAAACUCUGCUGUGUGGUGGAAGGUGAAGACUUUGCUGCCUUGGAGACCAGUUCUGGUGAACUUGUAGAGGAAAUUCACCAAGUCGGUCUCGAGCUACAUCAGUCUGAGCUACUCGCACUAGACCCCGAGAUGUUGCGGCAAAUAAGUGUGCGCUGUUUCAACGAUAUGCGCUCAAUUCUGCUUACGCAUGACAAAAGGAUGCUAGGUAUCCUAAAGCAAGAACUCAAGCCACUGGUCGCACGCGGUGUGAUUACACAUGCACAAGCACAGAUUCUCGAUCAUGGGAUUGCAGACACCAUCCUCCCAGGAUCGGUAGAUUUGCAACGCCUUAUUGCGCUCUGCAGGGAGAUUCCGGAAUCACGGGAUCAGUUUCUAUUGAAGCCCAUUCGCAGUGGAAAAGGAGCUGGGAUUGUCUUCGGCGAUGAAGUGGAGCCUGAAGCGUGGGUAUCGGCCCUGCAGCUUCAGUUAAACCCGCAGAUUGUUGCCGGGGUAUCCUGUGUAAUACAGCGCCGUAUCACCCCGCGUCUAUAUGGGCUUAUUUUAAACUCAUCUGGUGUCCGGGUUCAGUACCCUUUGAUCGGAACGUACUUUGUCGUACAUGGAAGGUUGCUCGGUCUUGGAGGGUGGAGGAGUAGUCCUGAUAAAAUCUGUGCUGUUAGUCAUGGGGGAUCCUGGAUAUGCUCGGUGAUGUAUGAGAAUUGA